CCGCGUCCCGCGUCCCGCUGCCCGGAGCCGGGCGGGAGGGUCCCGGCGCUGGCGGACCAGCCCUCCCCGAAGCUCGUCCAAGACUCGGCCCCGGAGUUCCUGGAGUUCGCCCCACGCUGCCGCGAGGGAGUAUCUGCCCUGCCGCUCCUGCCGCCACCCUGGAACCGCUGAGGGACGUCCACCUGGGCCUGGCCCCGCCUAGCCGCGGGCCCGCGCGCCUGGCCCUAGUCUCAGGCCACUAUCGCUACUACCACUACGGCUGCGACGGCGUGGACGACCGCGGCUGGGGCUGCGGCUACCGCACUCUGCAGACGCUAUGCUCAUGGCCAGAGGGCCGGUCCGCGGACGUGCCUGGACUAGCUGCCGUGCAGGGGGCCCUGGAGGACAUGGGGGACAAGCCUCCCGGGUUUCGGGGCUCCCAGAGCUGGAUCGGCUGUGUAGAGGCCUGCCUCUGCCUUGACCACUUCGGAGGUCCCCAGGGGCGUCUGUGCCACGUGCCCCGUGGAACUGGGCUUCAGGGACAACUGGAAAGCCUUUUCGCCCACUUCGCAGGGGGAGGCGGGCCUGUGAUGGUUGGAGGGGAUGCGGAUGCCCAGUCCAAGGCCUUGCUGGGAGUCUGCCUGGGGCCAGGCACAGAAGCCUACGUCCUGGUAUUGGACCCUCAUUGCUGGGGUGCUCCCAAAAAACCCACUGAAAUUCAGGCUGCUGGGUGGGUGGGCUGGAGAGAAGCCAGCACAACCUUCGACUGCAACUCCUUCUACAACUUGUGUUUGACCAGCCGUAACCCCAGAGAGCAGCAGCACACCCAGGACUGAGUGUAAGUUCCCAGAACUGAGACUCUGGCCCCAUAUAUACAAACCUACCCACUUCUCAAAGGUAGAGGCUGUGUACUCUUAGGCCCCCAGCAAGUUUCAGCUGAGCCUGGGGCCUUUGGCAUCAAUAAAAUGGCAAGCUAAUCACGACCCCAGCUGAUCUUUGGGAGAACUUGGGGAAAUAUAUAUACUCAGCCAGGAGUCACUGUGGAAGUGCUUUUAUUGGCAGUAGGGCUGAACGUACAAAAAAAAAAUUCUCAGCUGGAUGGGACAAGGCAGUCAUAAGUAUAGAUGACACCAGGAGUAAGACAAGGAGACACUCAAAAGAAAUCCACAUCAUCUGGAGCAUCCAGGUCACGGUAUUCCACAAUGGCCCGUGGGUCUCCACGAACCAACCUGUGAGAUAACAAAAAGGUAAGACAGGAUGAGUUGAGAGUCCCUGAAAAAGUCUGAGGAAGGUAAGAAGCUUAACAGCUCAGCUCAUUCUCACCUGUUGCGAGGUUUCCCAGGAUAACCUCCCUGGCCUCGGAAGGCAUCAUAGUUCCCUCGGCCAGCACCAUAGGGAGCAUGAGGGUAUGGAGGCCCUCCUGUGGGGACCGCAGGGCGGACAGCACCAGCUAUGAAAAAGACUGAGUGUUAAAUUGAAAAACUGUGACCUUAACCUAAGUUUUCUUUAGCUAAGUUUUCUUUCUCCCACUCCCCACCAAGUCUUUUCAACUCUCUCCUAUACUUACCUCCAUAGCCCAAGAUGGGGGGCCGGG